AUGGACCCUGAAAAAGUCAGGGCUGUGCUGGAGUGGCAGGCACCACGGACCCGCCGUCAGCUGCAGAGUUUCCUGGGGUUCGCCAAUUUCUACCAGCAGUUUAUCCCCUUGUUUGCUACGAUGGCCUUACCCCUAAUGGACCUGCUCCGCACCCGACAGACAGCAGCCAAGCCAUGUCCCGGUCAACCUCUAGCGUGGACGUUGGCCUGUCAAAAGGCCUUUGAGGUCCUGAAGGCCCUUUUUGCAAGGGAGCCGGUUCUACUAUAUCCUAACCCCGACCUGCCAUUUGUCGUUCAAGCCGACGCCAGCGAUGUCGCGAUGGGGGUGAUUUUACUCCAGAGGAACGGGCAAGGGACGUUACAGCCCUGUGCUUACACCUCCCGUAAGCUGACAGACAGAACGAGCAUGGGCAAUAUGGGAGAAGGAGGCGUUUGUAGUACGUAUGUGCCAGGGGGUAAGAACUUUUUGGCGGACGUGCUGUCACACAUGCCCCAAUAUAAGAGUAAGCGGGAAGAGGUGGUACAAGCCAUUAUGCCUUCCUUCAGGCAAGCGGUAGUGCAGGUGGUUGCACGCAAACCGGCAAACGCCCUGGUCCAGGAGCUGCAUAAAGCAACCCAAGACGAUCCCUGGCUACUGGACCAUCAAGGCCCUCCAGAUUUUCAACAAAACCCUCCUGAACCUGUUCCUACCAAUUUCAACCAAGCCCCCCGACUUUCCCUCCAAGAUCAGUGGCGAGGGCCACCACCCCCUCUUCCGCCUCCACCUCCACAGGAGAGAGAACCUUUCUUCAUGGGAGAGCUGAGAUUUCCCAGCCAUCACUUGUUUGAGCAGCGGAGCCCCCCUCCACCACCGCCCCCCCUUCUUAACAGUGUGCAUCCUGUGCCCAGCCAAAACUCACUCCCAUUCACCCAGCCUGGACCAGGUUUCAGCCAGCAGGGGCAGCAACCAAUGUUUCCAAGAGAAAGGCUGGUAAGGCCAAAUCUGCAGCCUCAGGGCCCUAUGGGAAUCCUUCACUUCAGCCAGCAUGGAGCAGCCAAUGUACGACCUUUUCUUCCCCCAAGGCAGUCCUUCCUGCAGGUACCAGGGCAGCCGUUCUUAACCCCUCUCACCCAAGCCGGCAUGCAGCAUCCACAGCCACCGCCACAACAUCCACAGACGCCCCAGCAGCACCCCCAACCACCCCAGCCUCACCACCAGACGCACCAGUCCCACCAGCAGCACCACCUGCUGCCUGUGCCUCCCCAGCCUCUGAUUCCGGUGGCCCCAUCCCAGUUCAGGCUGCACCUGCAGACUUCACAGCAACAGCCAAGUGGCAACUGGAUGCAGUGCCAGCAACGGCAAGGUCUAAUAAAGGCCAGGCAUAACACACCAACGCAAAGCAUUGUAAAACGUCCAAACCAGCAGCUCCAGUCAUCUACCCCAAGGAAUAGUAAUUUGCGUGAAUUGCCAAUAGCACCUUUGCAUGCUAUUGAGGCUGCUAACAAUCAACGAACGUCAGCUCCUGCUGCUCAAGUGAAACCUAUUACUAGCACCACACCUGUUACAAGGCCUGUUACAGGUGUCAAGAACCAACUGGGAAGGACCGAGACCAAGUCUAGAGCAGUUAUUCCCAUGACUCAACCUAAAACGGAGGUCCUAUCUGAACCAGAGUUUCCUGAUGAAGAUGAAGAAACCAGACUGUACUGUUUGAAGAUCGAGGAACAGAAACGCCUCAGGGAAGAGAUCUUGAAACAAAAGGAGCUCAGGCGGCAGCUUCAAGCUGGGGCCCGAAAAAGAGAAUUGCUGGAAAGGCUGGCACAGCAGCAACAACAAGGCUCUUCAGGCCAACAGCAGGAGGAAGACCCUUCACAGCUGCCCACCAAUGGAAAUCCAUUGCUUUCCCUUCCUGGUGCACAGCCCCGCCAAAAUGUGAAAUACAGGCUAAUGGUUAAAAAACAAGAGCCAGCCGUUCCAGGUUCCACAGCUGUUCAGCCUAAGCCUGUAAAUGUUCUCCAGGCUGCGCAAUGUCAAGGACAGCAAAUAAAAACUAUAAAGCAGCUAAGACAGGCUAGGACAGUGCCCGAAAACGAGCUCCAGCUGCCCAAUAAAGCUUUGCAAACAAAGCUUCCCGCUGCUGUGCACUUGAACAUGUCCCAGAUUGCUCGGGUGGCAUCGGUGCAAGGCCAGCCUCAAGACCUGAAGCCUGGGAUGAAAAGAACUGUUAUGCAGCGGGCAAACAGUGGGAGUGGCGAUGGGCCCCAUAUUGGCACCAAAGUCAGGGUGAUAAAAUUGUCAGGAGGGCAAGGUGGUGAGAAUGUUGACUUUUCUCAUUUGGAAGGACCGCCUCACCGGCUUCCGCAGCCAUCAGAGCAGAGACAUCAGCCAAUCCGGAAGGUCACACUGACAAAGGGGACAGUGCAGCAACUGCAUCAGCCUCAUCAGCACCAUCUAUCACAGAUUCACUCUACAUUUCCUCAAGGACUAAAAAAUAUCCCAGGGAUACAUCAAGUGAAAAAGGGUAUUCCACAUGGGAGAGGCAGGGGGAUCACAGGCCAGAUGGGCCGAGGCCGCUUGAUGCCAAGUAAACCAAAUCUGCGUGUGGUAGAGUGCAAACCUCAGCCCUGCAUCGUGUCAGUGGAAGGGCUUUCUUCAUCCACCACAGAUAUUCAGCUGAAAAACCUGCUCGUGUCAGUAGGACCCAUUCAGAGUUUACAGAUGUUGCCUCAACAACGAAAGGCCAUUGCAAAAUUUAAAGAGCCUGCUGAUGCUUUAAAAUUUCAACAGAGGUUUCACAGGCACAUGAUAGAUCUCUCCCAUAUCAAUGUGGCACUGAUAGUGGAGUGACCCACUGAGCAUAAGUUGUCUUAAAAUAAAGCAAGUUAUGGAGGAAGUCAGAAGGGUAGAAUCUUCCUGUAAUUUCUGGUGCCAGCUUUGCAGACUCCUUCUGAAACUUCAAAUUAUUUUGCGACAGCUGCUGACAGCAACCGCCUUGCUACAAAUGAAGUUUGAUUUCAAGAUUGAAAAAGAUUUGUAUCGAACAUACAUAAUUACAGAUCUCAUGUAUGAAUAGUGUACAUGGAUGUUUUCAGGCAAUUACUAUGUGAUCACAAUGACUUGGAACAAAAGAACAUUGACUCUUGAAAAGUUUUUUAUGUUUUUUUCUUAUAAAAGAAUAUUUGAUAAUGGUUGCUCUUAUCUUCAGUGUGAGGUGUUGAAAUCAGAAUACACCCAUUAUCUAGUGUUUGUAGCUAAGCAUAUAAUAUAGAAUAAAAGUUGGUCUAUGUAAUUUGUGGAUUUUUUUUAUUUUUUUAUUUUUUUCCCAAGAGGCUCUGAAGCUCAUUCUUGAAAGCUCUUAUUUCUAGUAAGGUGAAUGUAGUUUGUUGUGCAUAGAAGUCCCUCUCAGUGUUCCCAGCAUUAUUUCUUACCAACCCUAUUUUGGACAAAUAGUCUCACCAAUUUGAUGUCCUUAUGUAUGAAGGAUGCUUGUAUUCAGACUUCAGAAUCUUGGAUCGACACAUUUUUAGCCUUCUCUUGUGCUUUCUUAGAGUGCUUGAAUGGGCAGGAACUAACUGAAAGCUGCUGCUGGUGAGAAUGUUUACAUAUUCAGGUCCAGGAAAUCCAUUUGGGUUAGGCUUGUUGGGAAGUGAGUCACUGGUGUUAAGCUUCAUAUUUUAAUUUAUUUUUUGUGUAAUAAUUGGCAGUAAUGUUUGAUAACGGUAGAGUCUGCCAAAUUGUACUCUAGCACUGUUCCCACGUCACCUAGUGAAUUAUGAGGACAUUUCCUGUGUAAGAUGUGGACUGUUCUGAAAAUAUGUGCAGACUUUAUGGAAGUUGUUUUUAUAUUAAAUAAACUCUUUCCUCCAAAGAAAGGCGCUUGUGACAAUGUUCCCUGCUUCCUUUAGUUAGUGAGAGUUUACUACUCUUAGAAAUCUAUUCAAUGGUUAUGAAUAGAAAUCUAUUCAAUGGCCAUUAAACAUAGUCAGAGCUGAUAAGGAUUAUAACUUAGACAGUGAGUUUGAGCAUAUAGAAAAAUAUAGUCAAAGAAUGUUCUCUCAGGACUGCAGGUUAUAUGACAUUGAGAAGUAGUGAUGUUUCUUUUCUAAUUAUUCAAAAUAUUCUGAACAGAUGAAGGCUUUUAAAACUGUUCCCAGUUAAAGAGAAGAUGUGGGAAUUGGCUAUAAGCAAUCAAGGUAUAACAAUACAUCAUGUCUUCUAAAGGCAAAGCUGUUUUUUC